AUGGCCUCGCUGCCCUUCCGUCGUCCCUCUCGUCAGAGCUCCCGCCAGGCCUCCAGUGACCCGCGCGAGGAUAUCCAGGUCCAUCUGGACCAUUUCAUCGGCAUUGACGUUGGAACCGGCAGUGCCCGAGCUUGUAUCAUUGAUGCCAAGGGCGACAUUGUCGGCCUAGCCUCUGAGAACAUUGGACUCUGGCAGCCAGAACAUGGUUACUAUGAACAAUCUACCACCGACAUCUGGCGCUGCAUUUGCAUUGCCGUGCAGCGAGCCAUCAGCCAGCAUAAUAUCAGUCCCGAGACUGUCCGGGGUAUUGGAUUCGACGCCACCUGCUCGCUGUCAGUUUUCAACCAUGAAACCGACGAGCCCGUCUCAGUGACGGGACCAAACUUCGACUCAGACCGUAAUGUGAUUCUGUGGCUGGACCAUCGACCAGUCGAGGAGGCUGCAAAGAUCAACGCAACUAACCACAACCUACUCCGUUACGUUGGUGGGACGAUGUCCAUUGAGAUGGAAAUUCCCAAGGUGCUCUGGCUAAAGAACAACAUGCCCAAGGAGCUCUUCGAUAAAUGUAAAUUCUACGAUUUGAGCGACGCGCUGACUCACAUUGCCACGGGUAACGAGAAGCGGAGCUUCUGCAGUGUAGUCUGCAAGCAGGGCUAUGUUCCUGUCGGUGUGGAUGGUAGUGUCAAGGGAUGGCAGGAAGAUUUCCUGAACGAGAUUGGAUUGAGUGAUUUGACGGAGGAUAACUUUAAGCGCAUGGGCGGCGUCAACGGGGUGAACGGCGAUUAUCUGAGUGCCGGAGAAUUGGUCGGUACUCUUUGCGAUAAAGCCGCUGCCGAACUGGGCUUGCCGGCUGGUAUUGCCAUUGGCAGUGGUGUGAUCGACGCAUAUGCUGGUUGGAUUGGCACCGUCGGAGCCAAGGUCAACCUAGAUCCAGGCCAGUUGACCGAGGAAGUGGCCAAGAACGACAAGGCACAAGCAUUCACUCGACUGGCAGCGGUAGCUGGCACAUCAACCUGCCACCUGGCCAUGUCCCCAGACCCAGUCUUCGUGAACGGUGUCUGGGGUCCAUACAAAGACACCAUCAUACCAGGCUACUGGAUGGCCGAAGGCGGACAAUCCGCAACAGGCGAACUACUCAAACACGUAAUCGAAACACACCCAGCAUUCAACCAAGCGCACUCAAUCGCCGAAUCCUACCACGCCAACAUCUACGAGUAUCUAAACGAGCAUCUGAAGGAGAUGGUGCAAGACCAGAACGUACCAUGCGUGUCCUAUCUCGGCCGCCACUUCUUCUUCUACGGCGACCUAUGGGGUAACAGAUCGCCCAUCGCAGAUCCCAACAUGACAGGAUCCAUCUUCGGACUUACCAGCGACAAGAGCGUCGACGGUCUAGCGAUGUACUACUACGGCACACUAGAGUUCAUCGCCCUACAAACCAAGCAAAUCGUGGAAACAAUGAACAAGGCCGGCCACAACAUAACAUCGAUUUUCAUGUCCGGCUCUCAAUGCCAAAACGACAUCCUGGUACGCCUGAUCGCGUCUGCAUGCGAUAUGCCGGUUAUAAUCCCACGAUACAUCCACGCGGCCGUGUGUCACGGCGCGGCCAUGCUAGGCGCUAAAGCUGCCAGUUCUGACUCGGAGGGUCGGACGGAGGAUUUGUGGGAUAUUAUGGAUCGGAUGAGCAAGCCUGGUAAGAAGGUUAUGCCGACGGAUGAUGGGAAUGAGAAGGCUUUGUUGCAGGCUAAGUAUAAGGUGUUCCUGGAGCAGUGCUUUGGACAGCAGAAGUAUCGACAGAUGGUUGAUGAUGCUGUUGGUACCUGGGGGUCUGCUUAG